AUGGGCAAGGCGAAGCAGCACCAAUUUGACGUAUUGGAUAAAAGGCUAGUGGACGAGCUGCAGACCAUACAGGACAUGAUUUCGCUGUCGCACCAGUGUUCGGUGAACUGGGACCAUGAGAACGGGUGGGACAAUCGCGUGUACAUCAAGGUGCUGGAGCUGGCGUUGGGAAACGAUGAGACGAGUGUUCGGUUCCGAAGCGUAACUGCAGCUAGAAUCACACCGGAAUAUCGCCACAUGCGCUUGAACAGCCUCAUAACUGGCAAGAUCCUUGCUUACGCCAUUUAUCUCGAGCCCUCCGGUCCCGCACGCGACAUCAUACCAUCCCCUCAUUGCGUGGUCGCUCUUCUUCGCCCGGUUCACGCCCUCAAACGCUCCCCACCCAUCGAAUUUGGACAUACGCAAACCGGUUUCGAAUAUUCGGAUCUUCCAUUCGGUUCCCUUGGGAAACGCGGCGAAUACGGUGCAGACAUAUCGGCCGGUCAAGAGCUUAAGGGCGCUGAGGGAUUGGGUCGAUGGGGACUUCCGCAGUGGCGGGAUGUGUUUUUGGGGGUUCGCGACGCUGAAGCGGGCGGUGGGUGA